UGAGAACUUCCCAAUCGAUAAUCGAUGAUUGGCCAAAUGAACGCGACCUUUCCUUUUCAUCAACUCAAGUCCUCAAUAAAUAUUGUAGAAAUGAGUUCAAGCUGGAGUGGGCUACCCACGGGAAGCGGUUGCUAGAGGUAUGGUUCCUUUCCUGUUGUGGUGCUUCCCACAGAGUCUCGGCAAGGCAUAAUCGAAAAGUCGAUGAAUGUUUGGGAUGUUUCUUUACUUGGUCUAUGGCAAUAGGCUAAUCCAGUUACUCCGGAGCAUUGGCUUCGGCUAAAAGCACAUGUAGUUUCGUUCACUCUCCGAGCGGAAAUGAAGGCCAAUCUACCUAGUACUGGUACUCGUACCAUGGCCAGUAGGGUGCACGAAAGAUUUCAGUUCUCAUUCAGGCUGUUGAAACAAAUAUUUGGUAAGAUUGGUCUUCAUUGUAUCUUGAGGAGCGGACCUCUUCCAAACAGUCUGGGCAAUCCUCACUUUUUUGAGUGGAUUUGUUUGAUUCGAAAAGUUGCCUUCCUCUUGCCCGCCAAUACCAAACCUUUGAUUCAAAAUGAUGCUCUCCCGCACCAGUUUCGCCCUUUUCUUGCUUGGGUCCAUGUCUCCAGCAUUGGCUCAAGACGAUGAGCAAUGCGCUGCCACUUUCAAGUGUUUGCCCACCACAACUCCUCCCAUUUUGGAUGCGGAUCAUGGUGAAUGGGCAGAUGUUGCCGCCUACGAGACGACAUUGGUGAAAUACACUGGAGGUGAAUACGAAGGAGGUAAGGCCACAUACAAGUGCCAGUACACUGCGGACCACAUCUAUUUUGCCAUGGAGAUUCCUGGGGAGUAUAGGUUCAGUACCGAAGACAAUCAUUUGUGUGCCGCCAUUGGCACCAUGUUCAAGGUAGGAGAGAAGGCAACCUUUCUCAACAUGGGAGGAUGCCCGGAUGCGCUCAACGGGUGUGAAAACGGCGUUCCUGAUACCUGCGAUGACUAUCGCGUGGACAUUGGAGCGCACUGGGAAUUGAAAGGAACCGAACAAAAUACUCUGUACGGAGUCUCGGACAGUUCUACAUCCAAUAAUCGUCAGGGAGACAAUAGCACCUCACCUCCUGAAAAUCCUCCUGGAAAUGAUUUGAUUGCCAAUAAUGACGAUGAAUACGCCGUGAGCCCCUACUGUCGCUUUGAUGAUGACGAUGCUGAUGCCGGAAACGAAUGGGCUGGUGCUUGGGCCCAUACCAACCCGGUGGAAGGAGAGUUCGGAACCUAUCACUUUGAAUUGUCCCGCACGCUUCAGACAGCUUCGGCCGUUUCCGAUGCACAGUUGAGUGCUGGUGACACAAUUCAGUUUGGAAUUGCCUUUUGGGACCCCUAUGAGACUGCUGAGACUGGUUGGACGGACGCAGGUCACUAUUUAACAGGGUGCGGAACCAAGUGGAUUGAUUUGGAGCUCGCUGCUGAAGGAGAAUCCCAAGGAGAAACUGGUUCUGAUGCUCCUGCUGAAACUCCCUCGGAUGCUGAUACUAGUGCUCCUGCGGGAAGCAGCACCGAGGCCCCCGCCAGCAGUGCUUUCUCCAAGUCCGCCAAGUCUUUCAUUUCAGUUCUUUCGGUUGCGGCUGGAAUCAUGUACCACCUCUAGAGUGCUCUCGAUGCAUGUGUGCUGGUGACGCAUGUUCUAAGUGAUUCUAAAGUACCGUAGUAGUGAAUACACCUUUGACCCAUACAGUAGACCAUUGUGUUGGAUGUUACGGUACUUUUCGUAGCGACCUUUGGAUCCCAAAAAAUUGCGAAAGUGCAGUCUCGUAGGGCAAUGACGACGCCGAGCGCAUACAUGAAGGUCAUGCGAUCCUGCCGUAUGGAAAGAUACUGUACAGCUGGUUGUUGGCAUGGUGGCUGACAGGGCAGGCACGAUCUGUUUUCGUCCAUACGCAACCGUCAAAAGUCUAACGCUGGGCCGAUGAGGAGCAGCAUAGACCGUGCACCGCGACAACUGCCACAACCCCGGUGGCAUGACAUGCUGUGCCUUCCGUGCUUAUCGGCCCGGCCGCACCAUUGAAGAGAGCAAAGAACCAACCAACUUUAGAGGCAAAUGUUUCGGUGGUGAAAGGGUGUGUGUUUGUCCUUCAGUGGCGAAAGGAAUAGAAUAGAGCCUGAAACAAUCAAAAUUUAUGAGCUUCAAAAGUUUGUUGAGGCUUGAGAAUCGAAUGCGGAGUGUGGAGGGAGCGUGGUGGGAGCGUGGGAAGAAAAAUGAGGCACGGGGAUGAAAUCCUCAUCCCUACAUGUAACUCAAUCCAUA